UCAUGGCUGUAUUAUCAUUCGCUAAAAGAUCCUGGCGUCAUUUUUCUCUUUCGCCGUUGCGCCAACGAUUGAGUUCCUUUACUGUUACUUUUUAUCUCCCAUCAAAAUUCAUUUUCAAAGUUCAACAAAUUCCCUUCCGCUCAAAAUCUGAAACCAUGAGCUCCGCCGCAGCAACUAUCAAAGGAGGUCGAGGCAAACCGAAGUCGAAGGUCGUUUCUUGGUCCAGUAAAGCCGGACUCCAGUUCCCCGUCGGUUGUGUGGCUCGUUUCCUUAAGAAAGGACGAUACGCCCAGUGUGUCGGAUCUGGUUUUUCGAGCUUAUCUCUCUGUUGUACUCAAAUAUCUCACCGCCGAGGUUCUGGAAUUGGCUGGAAACGUGGCAAGGGACAACAAGAAGAACAGAAUAAUUCCGAGGCAUAUUCAGUUGGCGGUGAGGAACGAUGAAGAAUUUUCGUAGUGGCCUUUCUCUGUUUAGUUAGUUCUCGUGCUUCUAUAAUUUAGUAUGUUGACUUUG